GACCUCGGACCCUUGGUGAGAGAGGAGAAAAUGGGAAAUCCCCUGCGUGUCUCCAUUUUCUUGGUUUUAUGCAUCUUUAUCCAAUCAAGUACUUCUGGACGAAGCCUGGAACCAGAGCUGAUUGGGAGAAGAUCUCGAGCUGUCGAAACAAAAAAAUCUUUGCAGGAGACAGAGACCAGAUUCUUGCUCUUCAAAGAUGAAACCAACAAGGGCUGUCAGAUCCAGCUCAAUCACCCAGACACUCUGCGGGAGUGCGGCUUCAACUCCUCGCUGCCUUUGGUGGUGAUAAUCCACGGGUGGUCGGUGGACGGCAUGCUGGAGAGCUGGGUCUGGCAGAUGGUGGCUGCACUCAAGUCCCGGACAGCCCAGCCGGUAAAUGUGGGGCUGGCAGACUGGAUCACCUUGGCCUAUCGCCACUAUACCAUCGCCGUGCGCAACACCCGCAUCGUGGGCCAGGAGGUGGCAGCUUUCCUCCGGUGGCUGGAGGUAACUGCUCAGUUUUCUCGAAGUAAUGUUCAUCUAAUUGGAUACAGCCUGGGUGCUCAUGUCUCAGGAUUUGCAGGCAGCUACAUCGGCGGGAAGCACAAGAUCGGGAGAAUUACAGGGCUGGAUGCUGCGGGCCCUUUGUUUGAGGGAACUUCCCCCAGUGACCGUCUUUCUCCAGAUGAUGCCAAUUUUGUGGAUGCCAUUCACACCUUUACCCAGGAGCACAUGGGCUUGAGCGUGGGUAUCAAACAGCCCGUGGGGCACUAUGACUUCUACCCCAACGGGGGCUCCUUCCAGCCCGGCUGCCACUUCCUCGAACUCUACAAACACAUUGCACAGCAUGGCUUAAACGCCAUCUCCCAGACCAUAAAGUGUGCCCACGAGCGGUCGGUGCACCUCUUCAUCGACUCCUUGCUGCACGACCACAUGCAGAGCACGGCCUACCAGUGCAGUGACAUGGACAGCUUCAGCCAGGGCCUGUGCCUGAGCUGCAAGAAGGGUCGCUGCAACACACUGGGCUACCACAUCCGCCAGGAGCGGCACAGCAAGAGCAAGAAGCUCUUCCUUGUGACUAGAGCCCAGUCCCCCUUCAAAGUUUAUCAUUACCAGUUCAAGAUCCAGUUCAUCAACCAAAUUGAGAAACCAGUAGAACCAACUUUCACCAUGUCGCUCCUCGGAACAAAAGAGGAAAGGCAGAAAAUUCCCAUCACUCUGGGUGAAGGAAUUAUUAGUAAUAAAACCUAUUCCUUUCUCAUCACGUUGGAUUUGGACAUUGGUGAGCUGAUCAAGAUCAGGUUCAAGUGGGAAAAUAGCGCUGUGUGGGCCAACAUCUGGAACACAGUCCAGACCAUCAUCCCAUGGGGCACAAAGCCCCACUACUCAGGCCUUGUUCUGAAGACCAUCAGAGUUAAAGCCGGAGAAACGCAGCAAAGAAUGACGUUUUGCUCAGAAAUCACAGAUGAUCUACAACUUCACCCAACGCAGGAGAAAACCUUUGUGAAGUGCGAAGUAAACUCUAAAAAAUCAAAGCGAAAGAUCAGAUGAGCUUGAUGAAACCCAGUGUAAAGAAUAAAUGAAUCUUAUUCCUUA